AUGGUUGAACUUGUCGAAAAAAAGAGAAAAGUAGAGACCAAUGGCAACGGUCCGGCACCACAGUUGAAAGCAAAACCAUCGAGACCUUCGAAAAUCUUCAGCCCGUUUCGGGUCUUGGGCAACGUGACUGAUUCGACUCCAUUUGCAAUUGGAACAUUGGGUUCAACUUUUUACGCAGUGACAUCCGUUGGCCGCUCGUUCCAGAUAUACGACUUGGCGACUUUGCACUUGUUGUUUGUUUCUCAAACGCAAACCAAGUCGAAAAUCACUUGCUUUGCAACUCAUUAUCAUUAUGUUUUCGCUGCCAGCGGCAAUGAAGUUGGCAUUUACAAGAGGGGCAAGUUGGAACAUGUGCUAGUUUGCGAAACCACGGGUGUCAUUACCCACUUGUGCUAUUUUGGAGAGUACCUCAUUGCAGCUUCUUACGUGGGUGAGUUGUUCGUGUUUAGAAAAAACUCGGAUGGACUCAAGUACCCUACGGAGUUAUACUCGGUCAUUCGAGAAGUCAAUGUGUCUGUCGAAGGAGAAAUCGUCGGCUUGAUUCAUCCAGCGACAUAUUUGAACAAAGUUGUCGUUGCAACUACGACUUCAGUCGUCAUUAUCAAUGUUCGUUCAGGUAAAGUCUUGUACAAGUCCCCGCCACACCAAUUUGGAGACGAGAGCAUAUCCACCAUUGAAGCAGCACCGGUUCUCGAUGUCGUUGCCGUGGGGACUUCAUCGGGGAAUGUGUAUUUGUACAACUUGCGCCGAGCCCAAGUAUUGGGGGAAAAAAUCGUCACUUCAGGCUCGGAAACAUCGAGCAAAAUCACAUCCCUUUCGUUUCGAACCGACGGGUCGCCUCAUCUAGUGGCUGGUUUGAAUAAUGGAGACUUGUAUUUCCAUGACUUGGACAAAAACACUCGUGUCCACAUCUUGCGAAACGCACACAAGGAAGCCCACGGUGGUGUGUCCAAGGCGCAGUUUUUAAACGGCCAGCCCAUCAUUCUAACCAACGGCGGAGAUAACCACCUCAAGGAAUUCGUGUUUGACCCGAGCCUCACGACCACCGACACUUCGGUCAUUGCACCUCCGCGCCACUUGAGAUCGCGAGGCGGCCACUCGGCACCGCCAGUAGCGAUCCAGUUCCCCGAAGAGGACAAGACUCAUUUCUUGUUGAGUGCGUCACGAGAUAGAUCGUUUUGGCAAUUUUCAUUGAGGAAAGAUGCACAGGCUCAAGAGUUUUCGCAACGUAUGCAGAAAUCCAAAGAUGGCAAAAGACAAGCUGGUGCCGUGGCGUCGUUGAAGGAGAAAUUCCCUGAGAUCACCGCCAUUUCUUCAUCGGAUGCACGCACGGGUGACUGGGAGAAUAUCCUCACUUGUCACAAGGACGAACUUUUUGCAAGAACUUGGAACUCGUCCACUAAAAGAGUCGGUAGAUAUGUGUUGAACACCAUCGACCAGGGAAUGUGUAAAGCAGUAUGCAUAUCGCAAUGUGGCAAUUUCGGGUUAGUUGGCUCUUCCCUAGGUGGAAUCGGGGUCUACAAUCUACAAUCGGGACUCUUGAGGAAAAAAUACCUUUUGCACAAGCAAGCUGUCACCGGUAUGGCCAUUGAUGGCAUGAACAAGAAAAUGGUUAGCUGUGGGCUAGAUGGAAUUAUUGGGUUUUACGAUUUUGGCAAGUCAAAGUACUUGGGCAAGUUGCAGUUAGAUGCCCCCAUUACCUCGAUGGUGUACCACAGCCAAUCGGACCUCAUUGCGUGCGCCUUGGACGACUUGUCCAUUGUUGUGGUUGAUGUAACGACCCAUAAAAUCGUCAGAGUGUUGUAUGGCCACUCGAAUAGAAUCUCCGGGAUGGAUUUUUCCCCCGAUGGAAGAUGGAUCGUGUCUGUGGGACUAGACUCGACGUUGCGCACAUGGGACUUGCCCACUGGUGGAUGCAUCGAUGGUGUUGUUUUGCCCAUUGUGGCAACAUCUGUGAAGUUUUCACCUCUCGGGGACGUUAUUGCCACGACACAUGUCUCGGGAAACGGAGUGUCGUUGUGGACCAACCGGGCGCAAUUCAAACCCGUUUCGACUCGACAUAUCGAAGAAGAAGAGUUUUCCACUGCCUUGCUUCCCAAUGCCUCAGGUGAAGAUGGUGCUACUAUUUUAGAAGGUGCUUUUGAUGAAGUGAAUGACCAAGAAGAUGAAGAGUUUGAUGUCGGGAAAUUUGUAUCAACAGAGCAAAUCGACCCUGCCUUGGUGACAAUGUCGCUGGGUCCUAGAACAAAGUUUAGCACUUUGCUCCAUUUGGACACUAUUAGACAGAGAAGCAAGCCCACGGAAGCACCAAAGAAGCCCGAAAAGGCGCCGUUCUUCUUGGGGUUGACUGGUGAAGCCGUUGGAGACCGCGCUUCUGUUGCUGAAGGUGCAAAAGUCGCUGAAACAAAAACAGGGGUGGAGGCAGAAGAUGACGAGGAAAAGAGCAGGCUUUUGCAAUUCAAACCACAGGACGGCACAGCACCUAAUUUUGAAAGCGAAUUCACGAGAUUAUUGAGAGUCGCUGCUGAAACUGCGCAAUACGACGAGUUUUUAACCUUCUUGGUCAAUAUGCCUCCAGCGGCACUAGACUUGGAAGUCCGCUCACUAAACUCACAUCCGCCGCUAACUGAAAUGACCAACUUUGUCACUGCCUUGGUUACAGGGUUGCAAACAAACAAGGACUUUGAAAUCAUCGAAACGAUUUUCGCCAUCUUUUUGAAAGUUCACGGCGACGUGAUACACCAGUUUGACGACGAACACCAUCUCCAUUCCGCCUUGUCCAAGUACUCGCAGACCAACGACUCGGUGAACAACAAGAUGGACCAAGUUGUGAAAUAUUGCUCGGGAAUCAUCAACUUCAUCAAGUAG